AUGUUCAGCAAAGGCAAGUACGGCAAGGGCAAGGGCAACACCGGGGCUGGCGGCACCUGGUGGGGCGGUGGCGGAUGCAUGGGAAAGGGCAAAGGCACGAAGGGAUACAGCUAUGGUGACCGUGAGGCUUGGAACCCGGCAUGGUCGCCGUUGCAGCACCAGGCGCCGCCGCCCGGCUACGAGGGCGAGGGCCGCACCUCGACACGUCGACUUCUUGGCCGCGACUCGAUGGCCAAGAAAUUCCUUCGACCCUACGCGGCCUCUUCUGGCAACUUCCUCUAUGGCGACGGCACCGACGUGGAGAUGCUUGCAAAGACAUGCUUGCGACAGCUCCUCACAACGGAGGUCUCGGAGCUAUCCCGCCGACCUGCGUACGGGUUUUCCAUGCUAUCUACGACUCUUCGGGCUUUCGCAGUCGGCUUGAAGAACGAGGAUGCGACGGCAUCGGAGGCCGCUCUGGCCUCGCUGCUGCAAGGCAGCCGUGAAGGCAGGGCCUUCGUGGAAUGCCUCGCAAAAACCGACUAUGAGACGUCGAAGCAUCGGCCGCAGGAUUGUGAAGAAGCCUUCGCCAGGAUCUUGGCCUUCUUGAAAGACAAUAAGGCAAUGCUUUACGAGCACUUGGCUCGCGUGACUGCCCAUGGAGCUCUGCUCUACGUGGGUGGCCUGCAUGCCCUGGACGGGCUCAUCAAAGCCGAUGGCUUGGCAGCUUGGUGUUCGCAGGUUCCUUCCGACGAGUUUGUCCAGAAAGCCUUGGACAAGUGGAAGGCGGGCGGCAAGAAGCCGACUGCCGCAGCCGCAUUCUUGGUGGAUGCGUACAAAGCACGCAAAAAGAGCGAAGCCGCCUGGAAACAGGCUGGAGCGCUCAUUCAAGGAGACGAUUCGGACGAUGCAGCCGACGACCGCGCCCGAGCGCUCUCCUCGUCCUCAUCUUCCAAGACGCACAAGAAGUCGAAGAAGGCCCGAAAGGUCAAGAAAGACAGAGACGGCAGGAAGCACAAGAAAAGGUCGAGUUCGUCCUCGAGCGACUCCAACAAGAAGAAGAAGGAGAAAUCCAAGAAAGACAAGGACGCCAAGGAGGACGACAAGAAAGUGCAGAAAGACGAGAAGCACAAGGACAAAGACAAGGACAAGGACGCGGACAAGAAAGACAAGGACGGCAAGAAGAACGAGAAGAAAGCACUGAACGCCGACAAGGACCGGCGUAAGGACAAGCGGAAGUCUUCCACUUCGUCGGCGAGGGACAAGAAGAAGCGCAGGUCUUCGAGGUCUUCGAGCCCCCAUCAGCCUGAAACUGCCGCCGCUCCUGAGAAGAUGACAAUCCACUUCGUGUCGGCUCUGGACUCGAGCGGCGGCAUCAUCCCCGAGGCGACAGACCGCGUCCACGAGGUGAAGCUCGAGAUAGGCUUGGCCGCGCACAUGGCUGCAGCUUUCACCACUGCUCUUCUCCUCUGCAUCCAGCUAUGGACUUUGGCUUUCAGUGCACGCUCCUCGUCGUCUUCAUCCUCGGCCACGUCUAGUUCCAGCUCGAACGACCCACCUCCUGAUGAUGGUGCUGGUGCUCCCGUCCCCCCUGUUGCCUUGGGCCUGGCCGCCGAGCCACCUCCGAUGCUUCCGGCUGCAGCUCCACAUCCUGCGGCCGUGCCCCGCGACGUGCCAGCGGAUCGCGGUCGUGGCUGGGCAUUGAGACGCAUGUGGCGUCCCGCUGCGGGCGCACCCUGCAGCGGCUCACAUGGAGGGCAACUCUGUACCUUUGGAUUGGGCGGUGCCGCGCUUCCUGCAGGUGAAGCAGGACAAUGCUAUCUCUGUGACAGUGAAGCCUUGCAGGCUCGCUACAAUGAUCGCCACACUGGUCUCUUGACGCAUUUCUUGACGAGGUUGGACGAAGUUGGUUUGCAAGCUGCACUGGCUCGCGUGCAGCAAGUCCUCGGCCCGGAGGCACGGGCGGACAUGGAAGCACGCUGUGAGCGUGCACGCCGUCGUCGGGAUCCUGAACGCCCUCGUCGUGGCCCGCGUGGACCCUACGCUCGACCACCGGCAUAA